AUGAAGGAGAAAUCCAAAACGGCUGCAAGGACUAGACGGGAAAAGGAAAACAGUGAAUUCUAUGAACUGGCUAAAAUGUUGCCUUUACCGUCGGCCAUCACAUCCCAGUUAGACAAAGCCUCCAUAAUAAGACUGACAACAAGUUACCUGAAGAUGAGAAUUGUUUUCCCCCAGGGUCUGGGUGAAGCUUGGGGUCACUCAAGUCGAACGAGAUCCUUGGACAACAUUGGACGAGAGCUGGGAUCUCAUUUACUGCAGACGUUGGACGGAUUCAUCUUCGUCGUGGCCCCAGAUGGGAAGAUAAUGUACAUUUCAGAGACAGCGUCGGUCCAUUUAGGACUGUCUCAGGUAGAGUUGACUGGGAACAGUAUUUAUGAAUAUGUCCAUCCUGCCGACCACGAUGAGAUGACAGCUGUCCUCACCCCACAUCAGCCCUAUCACACACAUUUCGUGCAAGAAUAUGAAAUGGAACGCUCUUUCUUUUUGCGGAUGAAAUGUGUGCUGGCAAAAAGAAACGCGGGGCUUACCAGUGGUGGAUACAAGGUGAUCCACUGCAGUGGCUACCUGAAGAUCCGUCAGUACAGUUUGGACAUGUCACCUUUUGAAGGAUGCUACCAGAAUGUGGGCUUGGUGGCUGUCGGUCACUCUCUGCCUCCCAGCGCCGUGACUGAGAUCAAACUGCACAGUAACAUGUUCAUGUUCAGAGCCAGCUUGGACAUGAAGCUCAUCUUCCUGGACUCCAGGGUAGCUGAGCUGACAGGUUAUGAGCCCCAGGACCUCAUUGAGAAAACGCUGUACCAUCAUGUCCACAGCUGUGACAUCUUCCACCUCCGCUGUGCACACCACCUCUUGCUGGUAAAAGGCCAAGUCACAACUAAGUACUAUCGGUUCCUUGCCAAACACGGCGGCUGGGUCUGGGUCCAAAGUUAUGCCACUAUCGUCCACAAUAGCCGAUCCUCAAGGCCUCACUGUAUCGUCAGCGUCAACUAUGUCCUCACGGACACUGAGUAUAAAGGAAUGCAGCUGUCUUUGGAUCAAAUGAGCCCCAGCAAACCAGCCUUUCCCUACGCUGACAGUCACAAUGAAGAAAGAAAGAGCACCAAGUCACGUCUGACCCAGUCCAAGGCCAAAGCCAGAGUGUCACCCUACCCACAGCAAUUUUCAGCUUUCAAUCCAGAGCGUUCAGAGUCUGACCAAGACAGUCAGUGGGGAGGGAGCCCACUGACAGACUCUGCCUCUCCUCAGCUGUUGGAUCCCAGUGAAGCAACGGAGGCUUCUUGUGCCUACAGAUUGUAUCCAGAAUCGGGCUCCCUGUGCUACGGCCUGGGUCUAUCAGAAGAGGAUCUUGCCCAUGCCCAAACGCACCCUCACACCACCACCUGUGAUCGUGUUCGAUGCCAGAGUGGCCGCUACUUCCUGGGAACCCCCCAGUCGGGAAGAGAGAUGUGGUGGGACACCACACGCUCCGUUCUCUCGUUGCCAAAAUUCUCAGUGGACAACAGCGAAGGCUACGAAAUAACAUCCUACCAUGGCGCCAUUCACGGACGGGGCCACUGGGACGAAGACAGCGUAGUGAGUUCACCUGAUGGAGGUGGGUCCACCAGUGAUUCAGGUGAGCGUUACCACGGUGACCAAUUCCAAGCGAGCCCUCGAGAGCCCAGCAAGAUGGAGACCCUGAUCCGUGCCACACAGCAAAUGAUCAAAGAGGAGGAGAGCCGUCUACAGCAACACAAGAUGCCACUGGAUGUCUCGGGACUCACCAAAACUCACAGUCCCUGUUUCACCUCCUCCCUACCCCAUCACUCUCAGCUCACUAUGCCCAGCGUGGUAUGCCGUGGCCCCGGAGCCCCCAGCAUCGACCUCCUUACUGAACGCCUCCAUCACCGAGACAGCAUUAAAGUUCUUGGCCCCAAUGAAAAUGAUGAAAACACGACGAGUCCUGCUUCUUUGUCUCGUCUCAGCAGCCCCAGCUCUGACGGAAUCCCCAGAUCAGGCCUCUCCCUCACCAAAGACUACAUGCAGACAGAUAUGUCCCCACACCCUCAACAACCCCAGGGAAGUCCGCUGAUCUAUCCAGCACAGGAGAGGCAGCCACUGGACAGGCAGGCGGCGUACGCCUUGACUGGGUACUCCCUCGAGCAUCUGUAUGAUCCGGAGAGCUUGCGGAGUUACUCCAGCUUGGCCUGUGGAGGAGUGCAGUAUGAUGUGGCAUCUCAUGUGAGAGUGCAGGCUGAACAAAUACAGGGACAUAAAACCACCUCAGUUAUCAUAACCAAUGGAAGCUGACGAUAUCUGGUGAAGAUUGAGCCAGCUGUCUAAAAGAGGACGUUACCAUCCAUAGUGAGGUUGUAGGCAUGUGCAACCAGGUGCUCCACACAAAAGCUGAGACACUGACAAAAGGAUACAAGGAACCUGUGUGGGGCUGACUUGCCCU